AAAUCCACGAGGAGACACACCUCGUACGUAUUAAGAAAGUCACUUCAAAAAAUGGCGCAACCGCAUUUUCUACUGGUAACGUUUCCGGCGCAAGGUCACGUGAACCCAUCUCUCCGUUUUGCUCGUCGGCUCAUCAAAACAACUGGCGCACGUGUAACUUUCGCCACGUGUCUCUCUGUCAUUCACCGCUCUAUGAUCCCAAACCACAACAACGUCGAAAAUCUCUCUUUCCUUACUUUCUCCGACGGAUUCGACGACGGAGUCAUCUCCAACACCGACGACGUCCAAAACCGGUUGGUACACUUCGAACGUAAUGGCGAUAAAGCUCUAUCGGAUUUCAUCGAAGCUAAUCAGAAUGGUGACUCUCCCGUAAGUUGCUUGAUCUACACGAUUCUUCCCAACUGGGUUCCAAAAGUGGCGCGUAGAUUUCAUCUUCCCUCUGUUCAUCUCUGGAUCCAACCAGCCUUCGCUUUCGACAUUUAUUACAAUUACUCUACAGGAAACAACUCCGUUUUCGAGUUCCCGAAUCUACCUUCUCUCGAAAUCCGCGAUCUGCCUUCUUUCCUCUCACCUUCCAACACGAACAAAGCCGCACAAGCAGUAUAUCAAGAACUGAUGGAUUUUCUCAAAGAAGAAUCUAACCCGAAAAUUCUCGUCAACACAUUCGAUUCGCUGGAGCCAGAGUUCUUAACAGCUAUUCCGAAUAUAGAAAUGGUGGCAGUUGGUCCUUUACUUCCUGCGGAGAUUUUCACUGGAAGCGAAUCAGGUAAAGAUUUAUCAAGAGAUCAUCAAAGUAGUAGUUAUACACUUUGGUUAGACUCGAAAACAGAGUCCUCUGUUAUUUAUGUUUCUUUUGGAACAAUGGUUGAGUUGUCGAAGAAACAGAUAGAGGAACUAGCGAGAGCACUCAUAGAAGGGGGAAGACCGUUCUUGUGGGUUAUAACUGAUAAACUCAACAGAGAAGCGAAAAUAGAAGGAGAAGAAGAGACAGAGAUUGAGAAGAUAGCUGGUUUUAGACACGAGCUUGAAGAGGUUGGGAUGAUUGUCUCGUGGUGUUCGCAGAUAGAGGUUUUGAGACACCGAGCCAUAGGUUGUUUUUUGACUCAUUGUGGGUGGAGCUCAUCACUGGAGAGUUUGGUUCUCGGCGUUCCAGUGGUGGCGUUUCCGAUGUGGUCGGAUCAGCCAGCAAAUGCGAAGCUUUUGGAAGAAAUAUGGAAGACAGGUGUGAGGGUGAGAGAGAACUCGGAAGGUUUAGUAGAGAGAGGAGAGAUAAUGCGGUGUUUGGAAGCAGUGAUGGAGGCGAAAUCGGUGGAGCUGAGGGAAAACGCAGAGAAAUGGAAGCGUUUAGCGACUGAAGCGGGUAGAGAAGGAGGAUCUUCGGACAAGAAUGUGGAAGCUUUUGUGAAGAGUCUGUUUUGAGGUUUUAUAAAACAGAGGAGGGUAAAACAAAUGUAACAAUCAGCAUGCAAUGUUGGGUAUAUUUCGUAACUACAAUUUAAUAAUAUGUUUUUAUAGAUGUAUAUCGUCACAACGUGUCUUGCACAGAUUCAUGUUGUAGGUGACUCAUGGGAACCUGACUCAUGUAUAGUUGAGUUUACAAAUUAUAUGCACCUUCAUUGAUUCAAUAAAACUUGUAUUACUAACGUUAUUGUGAUCCCCGUUUAAA